AGUCUUGUACUCGGACUACWUAAAUUGGAAAUAAUGGCCAUAAAAUCCAGGCAAAAGGGCACGAUGACGUCUUCACCUCACAGCCGUUGGUUACACCCACCGAAUCACGAGCCCGCCCACUCUACGAGUCACGGUUGCUAUGGUUACCGUGGACUCUGUCGCUUCAUCUGGUUAAACCUGGAACAAGACGUCGAGAAAUCGGUUAUCUUGAAUUGUAAGGGAAGUUAAGGGAAGGAAAAGCAGCGAUGUCUGAACCACUUAAGGACAAACCACAAAAAGCGGAGAAGAAAAUAAAAAUUCACCCGGAGGGCAGAGCCAAAGAAAAAUCUCUCCGGAUUAAAGACCCCGCCAGUACGCAUGUGAUGCAUGUGGACGAGCAUGUUACCCAUGAAGAUCCCGCAGCUACCACGAGUCCGAAUACUUACCAACUGGGCCCUUAUAAACCAUUCCCUAUCACUACUAUCUCAUACAUACUGCAGGAAGAAAUCACCCAUCACCUCCGAGAUAUGCAGUAUGAACCACGGCGCUCUCGAGAAAUGACCCUAACUCUCUGUGAAGUGAUAAGGAACCGCGUGAAGGAACUUGUGAUCCCCAGGUAUAAAACCGUCAUCCUGGUCCACAUCGGCCAGCUCAACGGUCAGGGGAUGCAGAUCAGCAGCCGCUGUUUGUGGGAUCCAAACUUCGACACCUUUGUGUCCCACUCCUUCAAGAACACCUCUCUGUUCUGCAGCGCCACCGUGUAUGGGAUCUACUUUGAGUAAACCGUCAGGUCAAGUUUUAGUGCGURAGUCUUUGUCAAAUGCUUUAUUAUUAAGCAAACACUGAAGUGGAAAUUCUUGAGUAAGUGACUGUUUGUAUGUAGUAGUUUGUGUUUUCAGAAGUCACUUCCCGUUGUUUUUCUCUUUUUUACAAUGUUCAAGCUGUUGCAGAAUCUCCCAUUAUCCUGCCAAGGACGUUUUCAUUGUAGGAUAAAAAGCUACAAAACAUAAGGAGUGGUUAGAGCCAGACCAGACGGGCUGAUGUUGCAACUUCUGUACAGAACAGUGUUCUUACAUGGAAUGUUCUCCMAGAUAACAGAAGUGUGUAUAAAACAGAGGCAUCUGUGAGCUGUUGCUCUGACUUUUCUGAUUUUGUUGUGUUCAGAGCCUUUGAAUGCUUGACCGCCUUCAAAUAAAAUACUUGGAAGACAAAGWUG